AUGGCCAACAGAUCAUCCAGCUGGCUAUCAAGACUGGUGAAGUCAAACAAGUCCCCUAGUGACAAUGGCAUCGGCAAUGGCAGAACCCCUCCAAGUCCAGAUCCUACACCCGCAGACGAUGUGGCGGAGACGGAUACUCGCGCUCGGCGACGCGAGCAGGUCAGGCGAGCUCAAAGAACCCAUCGAGAUCGAAGAGCAGCAUACUUGAAGGCUCUUGAAUCUGAAGUGGCCCGAUUGCGCGCCCGAGAUUCGGCCCAUGAGGCUGAGAUUCAAACCUACAAGCAAACGAUUCAGGAGCUCAAGGACUUGCUAUCGCAUCAUAGCAUUCCACUGCCUCUACAUUUAGCAUCAGAUCCUCAUGUGACCGGUCGGCAGGCAACCAUCGAAGUGGUCGGCUUCCCGGAUCAUUCGCAAAGCAUUCGGGCUUAUAUACCUGAAGGGCAUGAUGGUUUCACGUCCCAUCUAUCACCCACACCCACAUUCCCCGCCUCUUCCGAGUCUACGAUGUCUUCCAAUGAGAUGCUGGCGCGCAUGAACAUCAGUGAAGCCGCGAAUAUCAACCAAAUCUCCAGUUUGAACUCAUUCAACACCGUCUCCGUUCCAAUGCCCCAUGCACACGGACUCGACAGUAGUCAAGUCGGGGUCGAGUUCAUUCUGGGACUCGAGCAUGUCUGUCUGUAUCAUGUUGACCUGCACAACGGCAGCCGUGACAGCAACGGCCACACCCUGAUGUUAUCGAGUCCAAUUAUGGCUCGGUCGCCACCGUUGACCCAGACAACCCAGCCCGGGCCCGGAACCGGUCUUCCGGAUGGCACCAGGUGGUGCGUCCCGGCCGUCGAGCUGGAGAGGCUGCUGGAAUUCUCCGAUCGGCUUGAUCUCAGCGGAGAAAUCACGCCAGUCGAGGCGUGGCAGCGCAUACGGCAGCAUCCCAACUUUUCGAACCUGACAAGAGAUGGUCUCGAAGCCCUCAAAGCUAGUCUCACCCCCCAUGUUAAGUGCCAUGGAUUCGGCGCCGUCAUGGACGAGAUAGAUUUCGAGCACGCACUCCAUCAGGCCCUAGGCCCUGGACAGUGA